GGGGCCAGCGGGGACUUCAGCACCCGGAGCCGCCCCUUCGGCGCCUCCACCUUUUGUUUGGGAAGCGUCGCCGGCAGCACCGGAGGGACCGGCCUGGACUCCGGGGAUCGCCUUUGCCGGCCACUAGUCCUCGGAGCGUAACCUGUUCCCUCUGCGGAGACCCUCGCCCGCCGGAGGGGCGAUUGGUUUGCUUCGGGUGAUAAAAACUUCGCAGUCACUCGACCAGAAGCUGUUUUGCGCUCUGGGUGACUGAUAACUGCAGCCCCAGCCGUCUGGUGGGCUCGCCCCUCGAAGUUUCCUUUGCUGCCGAGGCUCCGCGCGCGCCCUUCGUCUUUGUGAGGGCGGAAUGGCCAACUCGGGCCUGCAGCUGCUCGGCUUCGCCAUGGCCUUGCUGGGCUGGGUGGGCCUGGUGGUGUGCACCGCCCUCCCGCAAUGGCAGAUGAGCUCCUACGCGGGGGACAACAUCAUCACAGCCCAGGCCAUGUACAAGGGGCUGUGGAUGGACUGCGUGACGCAGAGCACGGGGAUGAUUAGCUGCAAAAUGUACGACUCGGUGCUCGCCCUGCCCGCCGCCUUCCAGGCCACCAGAGCGCUCAUGGUGGUGUCCCUCGUGCUCGGCUUCAUGGCCAUGUUCGUGGCCGCGAUGGGCAUGAAGUGCACACGCUGUGGGGGAGACGACAAAGUGAAAAAGGCCCGCAUAGCCAUGACCGGAGGCAUCAUUUUCAUCGUGGCGGGUCUGGCUGCUUUGAUAGCUUGCUCCUGGUACGGCCAUAAGAUUAUCACAGACUUUUAUAACCCUUUGGUCCCCAUGAAUACUAAGUACGAGUUUGGUCCUGCCAUCUUCAUCGGCUGGGCAGGGUCUGCUCUGAUCCUCUUGGGAGGUGCAAUGCUCUCCUGCUCCUGUCCUGGCAGUGAGGGCAAAGCUAGGUAUGGUGCGCCCCGCUCCUACUCCAAGCCCAGCUCUGCCAAGGAGUAUGUGUGAGCUGGGACUCCCGUUGCCCCAGCCUGGCAACCGAGACACUUGAAAGGACCUCGGGCAGAGCUCAGCCUGUGGGUAGGAUGUGCGGCGGCAGCCAUGGGUCAUGCAGUCCUGUACACCACAUACAGUUCCCUGGGGGCUGGGAGGGGGAGAACAAAGGAGGGGCGGAUGUGCUUUUUGUACAGUAAUAAAAAGUAUGUUUUGGAAA